AUGGGCUCCGUGGCAGUGGCGAUGGCGUCAAUGUUGUUCGCCGGUGGCUGCCGAAGCUUUGCAGUGCCUGCGGCGGCGUCCGCCCUUCGCAUCUCUCGAGUAGCACUUAGAAAUCACCACAACAAGCACGCUCCGAGUUGGUGCUGUCGGAGUGCACAUAACAGUUACACUGCAUUCGCUACUGAAUCCGAAUUCUCAGCAACCGACGCCAAAAACUUAACCGCAACCUCUUCUUCCGAUAGUUUCCCGAAGUAUGAUCGGUUGCUUCCAUGUCCAUUGCACAAAACUCCACCGAGAGUUGAACAUUUAGUGGUAUCAGAAGGAGGACCGGUUUUAGAACAUAUUUGCAAGGCCCUGGAACUUCCUCCUUUGUACGUUACAGAUCUGAUUCAAUUUGGAGCUGUAUACUACGCUCUUGUUUGUCCACAGCCUCCUCCGGGUGCUACUGAAGAGCAAAUUAGGGUAUUCAAAGAAGUAACGGAUCCUUCGGUAUUGCGCCAAAGAGCUUCUAUCCAAGGCAAAACUGUGCGGGAGGCACAGAAAACUUUCCGUGUGACUCACGUGGAUCAAUUUGUUGAGCCAGGAACGUAUUUGCGAGUCCAUGUACACCCCAAACGCUUUCCUAGGUGUUAUGAGAUUGACUGGAGAUCAAGGAUCAUAGCUGUGGCGGAAUCCUAUGUUGUUUUGGAUAAACCUGCUGGUACAUCAGUAGGUGGUACUACUGACAACAUUGAAGAAAGUUGUGCAACCUUUGCAACUCGUGCCUUGAGAAUGACAGCCCCUUUGAUGACUACCCAUCAAAUUGAUAAUUGCACUGAAGGCUGUGUGGUAUUGGCUAGGACCAAAGAGUAUUGCUCUGUAUUUCACGGCAAAAUCAGGGAGAAGAAGGUGAAGAAACUCUAUCUGGCUCUUGCAUCUUCUCCUUUGCCGACGGGAAUAAUUACCCACUAUAUGCGCCCUAUUAACAUGGCUCCUAGACUUAUUUCUGAAGAUUUUAUCAAGGGAUGGCCUAUUUGUCAACUUGAGAUCCAGGAAUGCAGAAAGAUUCCCUGGCCAACUACUGCUAUACAGGACAAGUAUUGUGUUGAAGACUGUGGGUGGCCUUCUCAAGAUUUUGCAUACGAAUGCAAAAUCAACCUUCUUACUGGUCGAACACAUCAGAUUCGAGCUCAGUUUGCUGCCUGUAGAGCACCGUUAAUUGGUGAUUCUAUGUAUAUGCCAGCUGUAAUUGCGGAUAUGAGUAAUCCUGGACUUAAUCCAUUUGGCAAAUACAAGAGAGAUUUCAGUAGUGAGAGUGAAAAAGAAACGGCUGUUGUAAAUUGGAUUGCACAACAUGGAAAAGAGCCAAGUGUUGCAAUUGGCCUUCAAGCAUGUCAAAUUUCAUGGGAUGAUGAUGAACACUUUUACAAAGCUGGUUCACCUUGGUGGAGGUGUUAA